AUGACGACCUUUGUUGAAAAGUUUGGCGAACAAUCCCCUGCUGUCCAUGGUCUUUUGGUCUCGUCUAUCCUCCUUUGCGCUGCCCUGAGUUCCGUGUUUGCCGGCAGGCUUGCGGACCGACUCGGUCGUCCACAAGCAAUGGCCUUGGGGGCAAGUGUCUUCGCCCUGGGUACUGGUUUAGAAGCUGCAGCAAUAAACCUACGGAUGUUUGCUGUGGGACGUGUGAUUGAGGGUAUUGGCUAUGGUCUCUACUUUAGUACGCAGACCGUCUAUAUCUGUGAGAUAUCGCCUCCAAAGGCUCGAGGACCGCUAACUUCUGGUCCACAAUUCAUGACAUGUGUGGCUCUGGUGGUAGGCUACUUCACAAGCUACGCGACAGUGAAGAUUCCGAGCUCGUUGUCUUGGAGACUACCCUAUACUAUACUUACUGUAAUGGCGAUUUUUUAUGUUCUGAUCAAUCUGACCCUUUUACCACAAUCUCCACGAUGGCUCAUACGGCGUCAAGAGUAUCGCGCAGCAGAGAAAGUAUGGGAUAAAUUGGGAGUCAAACAGGCAGAUCGAGAAGCCAACAGCGAUUCAUCAUUACCCAAUGAGGAUGGGACAGCAGCCUUGGAAGGAUCAAGUCCACAGGCUCAUAGACCACGCAGGCAUACUAGCUUCCACGACUUAUGGGCUCGGGAUGUUCGCAAGCAAACUUUCCUGGCUGUGUUCUUGCUAGGGUUCCUCCAGCUCUGUGGUAUCGAUGCUGUGCUCUAUUAUGCUCCUCAAUUAUUCCAACAGGCUGGUUUACAAAGUCAAGAAGCCUCCUUUCUGGCAUCCGGCAUUUCUGCCAUUGUCAUAGUAGCAAGCAGUAUUCCCGCAACCCUACUGGCCGACAAAUGGGGACGCCGCAUCAGCACAUUGGUCGGAGGAGUAGGCCUAACAGCACUUAUGGUUCUGAUCGGUGGGCUCUAUGCCGGCGAUGCGGUGAUUCCAAAUGCAGGGCCUGGUCGUUGGAUCGUCAUUGUGUCCAUAUACUUAUUUUGUAUUGUGMAAGCCACAACCUGGAGCAUUAGCAUCAAGGUGUGGGCGCCAGAAAUUCAACCUCAGCAUACACGUGCCCAGGCCAUUAGCCUAGCAUACGGCUUCAAUUGGGUCUGCAAUUUCUUUGUCGCCUUUAUCAGUCCUAUUCUGCUUGCUAAGAGUGCCCCGAGUGCCUACUUCCUCUUCGGCGGCUGCACUGCCAUAGCGACCGUUGUUAGUUUUUUCUACAUGGUUGAAACGAAAGGAAAGUCUUUGGCGGAGAUUGAGAGAGUGUUUAGGAAUCGAAGUAUCCCGAUUGCGAACCAUGACACACCCAUACUGGGACUUGCGCGAUUAGGAGACGUAGAAUUGAAACGAGUGAAUUAA